UCUCACACACGUCUUCUACCGUCGUUCCACCUUCUCCAUUUCUCUGUUCCAUUCACUACCAAAAAAAACUCUGCAACAUUUCCCCCAAAAAUGGCGAGCGAGUGUAUGGUUCGUCUCCGCCACGAAGGAACCAUCGAAAGCAUCCGCUACUUCGAAUGCAGAAGAACCUUAAUGGAAAUGCUCCGUGACAGAGGCUACAACGUUUCCGAAUCUGACCUCACUCUCACUCUUCCGGAGUUCCGUUCUCGCUUCGGACAGUAUCCGAAACCAGAAAGCCUCGGUUUGAUCACUUCCCAUCGCAAUAACCCCUCCAACAAGGUGCAGGUUAUGUUCAGAGGAAAUGAAGAUAUAAAGAAAAAAACAUUGAUGGAAAUAUAUAGCCAGAUUGUUGACAGAGAAAAUCUGAGUAGGCUGAUACUUAUUGUGCAAAGCAAAAUGACUCCGUAUGCACGUAAAGAUUUGGAAACCUGUCAAUGUAAAGUUGAGAUUAUAAAAUUGGCUGACUUGGUGGUCAAUGUAACAAAGCAUGUGCUGCAGCCAAAGUAUGAGAUACUGACUGCUGAUGAGAAGCAAGAACUGCUCAGGAAGCAUAAGGUGGAAGCGAACCAGUUACCUCUCAUGCUAAGAACUGAUGCCAUAGCUAGCUACUAUGGGCUGGAAAAAGGACAAGUUGUCAAGAUCACUCACAGUGGCGAGAUGUUCAAUUCUCUGGUAACCUACCGCUGUGUCGUGUAAUAGUUCUAUUACAUUAUGCUGCCGUAGAUGAAACUGUCACAAGUCCAAUUUUAUUGUUUUAGAACCUAACAUACUGUGGAUUGGUUAUUGUUUAGCAAGUUCUAUUGCAAGUUCAUUAUGUGGUGGCUAUAUAUGUUAAAUACUUUUGAUGUUGGAAACUUAUGAUAGUGACGACAUCACUUCUUAUUAAGAGGCUUCAUUAUUCAA